AAUGGAUAAAGGGGGAAUAGGUGUGUUUGAUUGUGAGAGAUGAACUAUGCAGUAGCAGCUCUGGUUGCUCCACCAUCUCCGGUUUCCAUUCUUUCGUUGAAUUCGUUUGCUCCUGUGGAGCUGGAAAAUGGGGUGAAGCCCAUUCAACAAGACUAUAAAUGGCGCCUUAUUUUGGCUUACGAUGGCACUCACUAUGCAGGCUGGCAAUAUCAGCAAUCUCCCCCAACUGUGCAAUGCACUGUGGAAAAAGCUUUGAUUAAAGCAACAAAGCUUGAAAGGAAGGAUCUGCGGUUGGUCGGUGCAAGCAGGACCGAUACAGGAGUCCACGCCUGGGGUCAGGUUGCACAUUUCUUUAUGCCAUUUAACUACAAAAACUUGGAAGAAAUUCAUGCGGCUUUGAAUGGUCUUCUUCCUACUGAUAUCCGGGUUAGAGAGAUCAGCCCUGCAUCAGCUGAAUUCCAUGCUCGAUUUUCUGCCAAAAGUAAGAUUUACCAUUACAAGAUAUACAAUGAUAGCAUCAUGGAUCCUUUCCAGCGGCAUUUUGCUUACCAUAGUGUGUAUAAACUCAAUAGCGCUGUCAUGCAAGAAGCUGCAAAAUAUUUUGUUGGGAAGCAUGACUUCUCUGCAUUUGCCAAUGCAUCCCACAAUGAUCGGGUGCCGGAUCCUGUAAAGCACAUUUUCCGAUUUGAGGUGAAAGAAAUGGGAGCUCUUUUGCAGGUAGAAGUUGAAGGUUCAGGUUUCUUAUAUAGACAAGUUCGAAACAUGGUGGCUUUGUUGCUUCAAAUUGGCAAGGAAGCUAUCCCUCCUGGGAUUGUUCCGCAUAUUUUGGCAAGUAGAGAUCGAAAGGAGCUUGCGAAAUACUCUCUGUCAGCUCCGCCUCACGGGCUUUGUCUUGUUUCUAUCAACUAUGAUGAAAGUCACCUGUUGCCACCACCAGACUCUCCUGCUUACAGCUAUGGUAGGCAUCAUACCAUAAGAAAAUGCAAGGUUCCAUUCUAUUGAUAAUAAAUACUUUGAAAGCAAAACAAAUAUUCUAAGUAUAUCAUAGGCCUGAUUUUGUAACAUUUAUUUGAUAUUUUUUGAGCUGGAGCCUAGAUUAGAGAUGUAGCUUUUAGGGUGGUUACCAUUUUUGAAGAUGCAAUUCUGAUGAGAAUUGUGGAUUUGCUUUAUCCAAAAAUGCAAUGUAUGGAUCAGUAGCAUUUUGACGUCUAUUUUA